CCCCUGUAGGGAGCGGAAGAGGCGCGGCUAGCACGGUGGCGGCCUCCGUGCGAUGGGGAUGGCGGCGCCGGGUUCCGGGGGGCGGCGGUGGCGGCCUGAGGCCGUCCUAGUGCGGCUGCUGGCCGUGCUGCUGCUGGCGGGCGCGGCGGGCGCUGGGCAGCGUUCCAAAUGGCGGCUCCCAGUGCUCAUGGGGAAGAAGUUUAACUUUGGGAAGAUUCUCUUCAGCAAUACCACCAUUUUCCUGAGAUUUGAAGGGGAUGAAAAAGCUUGUGAUCCCUCCCAAAGUUACAAUGUUACUUGGUACUUAAGAUAUUCUGAUUGCUACAAUGAAGUCUUCAACUUUGGGGAUGAACAGGCAGAGUACUAUUUUGGGGCUACAUCUGAAGAGCACCCAGGUUGGUCAGGGUACUAUGCCACGGCUUCUCUCCUCUUUCCAAAUUGCUCCGAGCUCUUCAGACCUCAGAUUUUCUACAGAGAAUUUGUUCAUCCAGAGCCUCUCUCACCUGAGAAACAAGAGGGCUUAAAAGAUAAGAAGGAGAGUGGAGGAAAUCACACAAUGGUGGCAGAUAAAACUGCAAUGAAUGCUGUUAUCAAAACUUGGCGAGACGGGCCAUAUAUAUUUAUUGUGCAAAUUGGAAUUACAACUGCAAAGUAUUCUACUAACAGAAAUAAAAAAGUGGAGAAGACAACACCUUCCUCGUAUCAAAAUAAGCCCUUUACAAUGACAGUAGAACUGAAGGGGCCAUAUGAGUACCUCUCACUUGCAGAUUAUCCUCUGAUGAUUUUUUUCAUGGUGAUGUGUAUUGUGUACGUAUUCUUCGGGGUUCUAUGGCUUGCGUGGUCAGCCUGCUACUGGCGGGAUCUCCUGAGGAUACAGUUCUGGAUUGGUGCUGUUAUAUUCCUGGGAAUGCUGGAGAAAGCAGUGUUCUAUGCAGAGUUCCAGAAUAUCCGCUACACAGGAGAAUCUGUUCAAGGAGCAGUAAUACUGGCAGAGCUGCUUUCUGCUGUGAAGCGCUCAUUGGCUCGAACUCUGGUCAUCAUAGUCAGCCUGGGAUAUGGGAUAGUCAAGCCUCGCCUUGGAGUUACUCUUCACAAAGUAGUUAUGGCUGGAGCCCUUUAUCUAUUAUUUUCUGGCAUGGAAGGUGUUCUCAGAGUCACAGGGGCCCAGAAUGAUCUUGCCUCCUUGGCUUUUAUUCCCCUGGCUUUCCUAGAUACUGCCCUGUGCUGGUGGAUAUCCUUCACUAUUUUACUUGAGGCUUUCCUUGACUUUCCAUACAUAUUCAUCAGCUUAACUCAAACAAUGAAACUGCUCAAACUUAGAAGGAAUGUGGUGAAACUCUCUUUGUAUCGGCACUUCACCAACACACUCAUCUUGGCAGUAGCAGCAUCUAUUGUAUUUAUCAUCUGGACCACCAUGAAGUUCAGGCUGGUGGACUGUCAGUCGGACUGGCAGGAGCUAUGGGUGGAUGAUGCCAUCUGGCGUUUAUUGUUUUCAAUGAUCCUUUUUGUCAUCAUGAUUCUGUGGAGACCAUCUGCUAACAACCAAAGGUUUGCUUUCUCACCCCUGUCUGAAGAGGAGGAUGAUGAUGAGCAGAAAGAGCCAAUGUUAAAGGAAAGCUUUGAGGGAAUGAAAAUGAGGAGUACAAAGCAAGAACCAAAUGGGAAUGUAAAAGCAAAUAAAGCUCAGGAGGAUGACCUGAAGUGGGUAGAGGAGAAUGUUCCUUCGUCAGUGACAGAUGUCGCUCUUCCAGCUCUUCUGGAUUCAGAUGAGGAAAGAAUGAUUACACACUUUGAAAGGUCCAAAAUGGAAUGAAGGAGUAGCUUAUUGCUAUUGGAAGUGGAGAUGCCUCUUUUAAAGAUGCUAGGUGGAGCAAGUGCAUCCUGCUGAUUUGUUUCUUGAUCUCAGCCGUGGAAGUUUGAUGCUUUAUUGUCAUGAGGGCGUCUUGCUGUGGAAGAAGUUCACAAGGACAUUAUAAACCUUUUGGAAAUUUGAAUUUACAAAGUUGCUGCAAGUUUGGAUUUUUAAGCAAUUUAAAUGUGUACUAUUCCAGCACCUUCUGUAACUUUUUUCAAAUAUUUAAUCUGUGAAACUAAAAUUCCUAAUGUCUGCUUGAGGAGUUUAUAUUUCAGUGUUACUGUUGACUCUUAGAGAUGAACUGCCUGUACCUUUUCGGGGGGAGGGUGGGGACAGAUAGAAAUAAGCACUGAAGAAACAACAGACCCAUUUUCUGGUAGAUAAUGGCUUACUGCUGUUGUAUGUCUUGUGUCCAACACGAAUAAGAGGUUUUUAGAAAAAAGCUCCUGUUAAUGAAGAAAAUUAAGGUGCCAGAAAGGAAAUAUUUGGAAAAGUUACAGUGAUACGAGUUUUUAACAAAAGCAAGUGCAAUUUUAUUCAUAACACUGUGUAAGAAAGAUUUUUCUAUUUUAAAUGCCAUUGACCUAUAGGUAACAGCUGCAUAAAGCUAACACUUGCUGUUGUGGCACAUCUCAUUGCUGGCAAUGUGGUGGAUGCCUGGAAAAAUGAUUUGCCCCUACAUUCUGUGUUGCACGAUUUCAUUUUUUAAAAAAAAGCAACAAACAAAAAAAAUCACCAAACCCACUCCUGCAGUGCUUAACAACUGCUUGACUACUCAUGUUAAGCAGAUACUGACUAGGCGUUGUCAGCAGAACUCUUCUGUCUGUGCAUGUAACAUCUCCCACCACGUCAGCACUCUUCUGUGAGAAGACAGCAUUGCUUUCUAGAGGGUGCAAGCACUGCUCACCUUACUUGAAAGAGGCUUUAAUGGGAGUCCACAGUGCUGGGAUAGUUCUGUUCCCAGUGUCUGUUUAGAAUUGCCUCCCAUGUAAGUGAUUUGAUGAUGGGCUUUCCUGUCCCAAUUGGUCCCUGUGGCCAAGAGGUACUCUGAGAUCACUGUGUUUCAAAGUUGCAGAUUUCUAUUCUAUAUAAGUGCUUUUUUGUUUUUCCUUUUCAAAUGAAAAAGAGCUUUUGGACAAUGUUCUGUUUUUAUUCUAUGCUUGGCUGUAGAGGCUUUACUUGCAAUGACUUACUCAUGGAAACCCAUUGUGAACUGUAUGCCAGAAGUUCUAGUUUGGGUUUGUAACCUUUACAACUGGUAAUUACCAGGUAAGCAGCAGCACAGCUAGGCCUGUGGGAGCUGAUGAGGCUGCUGCUGGAACGGCAUAGGGACUCAGCUUUUCUGGUUCUUCACUCAUAGCUGUGUCAGCAGAAGUGGACAUGUGCCUGUACUUCAUUCAUUCCACUGUAAGGUCUGGUAGCUUAGUUCUAGUUCCAUCUUUAUCAGCAAUUUCUGCUGAAACAUGGCACUUCACAGUAGAGUAGCUGAGGCACAAGUGCAUAAUACCUUCUGUUAGCCGUGCUGUGGGGCAGUAAACCCUCAGCAGGUGGGCAGAGAAAGCAAGCUGUGGCUAACACCUCAGUCUGACCCUGCCAGAGUUGCUGGAGCUCUUCUGCCAUCCCCUUUAGGCCACGGGUAGAAUCUUGAAUUAGAAAACACUUUUAAUUUGCUAUGCUUAAUUGAUACAGAUGAAAAAAAGUUACCUCCAUGUCCUUUUGGGGAGAGGAAAUUUUGUGAAAUAAAGCUACACGAAACUCGCUA